AUACAGAGUGAUGGUGAGAGAGUCGCAGUGUGCAGUCUGUGGUUCUUCAUGACACGCGCGUCUGCAUCUACACCGGACGCACGAGGACUAUAUAACUCACAAAACGACACUUCAACCGACACGGACAAGCGUACAGUGCUGUGUUAAUAACAGAGGGUGAUGCCAACAUCUGAAGAUCCUCUGUGUCACCGUCACCACAACCCGAAACCCGAUCCGACCGGGUCUGCCUUCAUCCGACUGCUGUGUUUGGAGCGGACGAUGUGAAGACAUUCGCGUCCAACCGAGCGAUGCGUUUCUCGCGUCCGUGCCAGCUGACGGGGACGCGGUCGAAUCCAUGACAUCAAUUAUACAGGAAAUAAUUUUCAAGAGAUUUUGAGAAUACGAAUUAAGUGAACGCACAGACAUCUGCAACUACAGAUUUAUUUCAGUGAAGAACACGAGGACUUCAGACGGACGAAUAAUCGCGCUUAUUUCGAGAAUAUUUUAACUAUUUGGAUUUUUGCGCGUCUUGCAAAAACUCUACUUUUGAACACACCGUUUUGAUUAAAUUUUUGUUCACCUGAAAGUGUUUUAUGCUCUCACAAAGUAAAAAAUUAAAUUAAAUUUCACCUGGGAGAAUCUACAUCUCUAUUACGUGCAGGUCAAAUCAGGUACAAACAUCUGGAGUAACAACAGACUGUUAACUUUGUUUUACUUUAUUUCACAGUUGGAACUUCCUAGAAAGCUGUGUUUGGUGGGAUUUUUGAACCCUCUACAUCUGCGUUUAAUUCAUAAAAACAUCUUUAAACCUCCCAUACAAUGGAUCUCAAAACCGAAUCAGAUGAUAACCUGGACUGUGAGCGUCCAGCAUCCAUCGAGGCUUUUUCGAGCCGCUCCACGCUUCAUGGCAUCUCACACAUGUUCAGUUAUGAACGGCACUGUAUUAAACGAUGCCUCUGGAUCAUGUUUUUCAUGGGCUCGCUCUCGUUCCUGCUGAUCGUGUGCGUGGACCGCAUCAAAUAUUACUUCCAGUAUCCCCACGUCACAAAGCUGGACGAAGUCACAGCACAUGUGAUGAUAUUUCCCGCCGUGACCUUCUGCAACCUGAACUCUUUUCGCUUCAGCCGCGUCAUGCGCAACGACCUGUAUCACGCGGGCGAGCUGCUCGCGCUGCUGAACGGCAGGUAUGAGAUCAGGGACACACACCUGGUGGAGGAGAGCGUUCUCAUGGCCCUAAAGGAUAAAGCGGACUUCUCCAGCUUCAAGCCCCGCCCAUUUAACAUGCGCGAGUUCUACGACCGGACGGGUCACGACAUUAAAGACAUGCUCCUGUCCUGUUACUACAGAGGAGUCGAAUGCAGCGCUGAGGACUUCAGUGUGAUCUUCACUCGAUAUGGAAAGUGUUACACCUUUAACUCGGGUCAAGACGGCCGUCCGCUGAUGGUGACUAUGAAGGGUGGGAUGGGAAACGGCCUGGAACUGAUGCUGGACAUCCAACAGGACGAGUAUCUGCCCGUGUGGGGCGAAACCGAUGAGACGUCAUUCGAGGCCGGGAUUAAAGUCCAGAUUCACACGCAGGACGAGCCGCCCUUCAUUGAUCAGCUGGGAUUCGGAGUGGCUCCAGGUUUCCAGACGUUUGUCUCCUGUCAGGAACAGAGGUUGACAUUCCUUCCUCCGCCGUGGGGCGACUGUAAAUCAUCAGCCAUGGACUCAGAUUUCUUCAGCUCAUACAGCAUCACUGCCUGCCGCAUUGACUGUGAGACUCGCUAUCUGGUGGAGAACUGCAACUGUCGCAUGGUGCACAUGCCCGGCGACGCUCCAUACUGCACACCAGAACAGUAUAAAGAGUGUGCAGAUCCAGCUUUAGAUUUUCUGGUGGAGAAAGACAACAAUUAUUGCGUAUGUGAGACGCCCUGUAACACGACACGUUAUGGUAAAGAGCUGUCAUUUGUCAAGAUCCCCAGCAAAGCCUCUGCCAAAUAUCUGGCCAAGAAGUACAACAAAACUGAGCAGUACAUCGCAGACAACAUCCUGGUCCUGGACAUCUUUUUCGAGGCCCUGAACUACGAGACGAUCGAACAGAAGAAAGCCUACGAGUUAGCGGGACUUCUCGGUGACAUCGGUGGACAGAUGGGUUUGUUUAUUGGUGCCAGUAUCUUGACCAUACUGGAGCUCUUUGACUAUCUGUAUGAGGUGAUCAAGUAUAAAGUGUGUCGCUGUGCCAAGAAGAAAAAGCAGAGGAGCAACAACAACGAGAGAGGAGCCGUACUCAGCCUGGAUGAUGUAAAGCGUCACACUCCAUGCGACAACCUUCAUACCCCAUCGACCUACCCGGCCAACAUGCUACCUCACCAUCCUGGUCAGGGCAACUUUGAAGACUUCACCUGUUGAGAAACGCAAGAGCAGAUGUCUGAUGGAGAACAACCAAAGCUGACCACAUGAGAGCAUCAUAGACCACAUCACAGACAUAACAAACAUCUUCUACACCAGACGCUAGAAGAAAAACAAAACUAUAUUUUCACAAGUACAUUUCAUGCAAAUGUGCGAAACUUGUUUUUUGAAAAUACUGCCUCAAAAACGAAACUCCUUGAAGCCUCGUAACCUCGAACAUUUCUGCGAAGGCUCCGCGGUGAUUUACUCGGACAUCGAAACUGGACCCUGAUGCCUUUGUGUACAUAGUGACUGUUUAAACUGUCUUCAGAUCAGUGGCUUAUGUAGAUCAGUAGAUGAAUAUAGCGCUUAUUCACUGUAUGUAGCUUCAUUAUAGUCUCAUCUCUGGCUCUUGAUGGACUCAGACUCAUUGUAUCUCAUAUGAAUGUAACUUCCAGAACAAGAUGAUCAUUACAUGCGUUUGGGGGGGGGGGUUUGGAAAGUUUAGGUGCUGUAUGACAUUGACGUGAGCUUGAGCCAUGUUGGAUUCAUCUUCUUUAUGCAUGCUGGUCAUCACUUUAUUAUUAUUAUUAUUACUAUUAUUAUUGCUGGUUUGCCUUAAUUAUAUACAGGUUUUGGAUGAUGGUAUAAUCCAGGUGUGUGUUUGUGUGAAGAUUCAUUAUGGUGUGUGUGUGUGUUCUGGAAAAGUCUUUCUAGCAAAUCCCUGUUUGGAUGUAAAUGCAUCAGUCCAGUCAGUCAUAUAAAGGCAGUAGUAGAGUCAAUUUUUACGUGUACGCAAGGGUAUUUUCAUCACCAGAAUGCACGAAUAAACUCUUUUGCAAGGCUAUGCAUUCGACAUAUGUUCGCGUACACGUAUAAAAACAAACUUUACUCUGGGCUUAAACGGUUACUAACACUACAGUUGUGUGUUUGUGUGUGCGCAUGAGUUUAUCUGUAUCUCUUCAUGAAUGACUGUUCUGUCUUAUUUUGAAAUACGUUAGUGGAAAGUGAAGCGUUUCUUGUUUAUUUGAAUUGUGUUACUUCUGAGACGUAUUUGUUGGAUGUCUCAUCAAAGCACAAAGACCUGAUAUGUAAAGUUGUUAAAGAAUGAUAAAACAAUAUGAUCAGUGUUACUAUCAGACUCAUAAUACUGUUUUUUGUUGUUUUUACUACAAACAUACAUAUUGCCUGAUCGUUCGUCAGCAUCUCUGCAGAUAAUAGGCUGUUCUAUUUAUCUAUGAAGGCAUAAUAAAUAUCAUUCAUAAUUU